GCAAGCCAGACUUUUGGAGCAUGCUAGGCCAGAGAGCCACGUGCCAACGGUACUCCCUCAAGCAAGUCAAGAAGGCAACUGGGAGCUGGGCGAAGGAGAACCUGAUUGGGUCAGGAGGGUAUGGCGAGGUGUAUCGGGGGGUGUGCCCACACGAACCCACCAUGGUGUGGGCUGUGAAGCGCGCCAAAAUACUCGCCAACGACUUUAAACGAGAGGUGGAGGAGAUGGCAUCAAAGAGCCAUCCGCACUUGGUGCGGCUGCUGGGGUACUGUGUGGACAUGGACAUGAUGACAGGGCAGCUCGAGCAGAUCGUGAUCUAUGAGUUCUGCCUCAACGGGGACUUGGAGAAGUAUCUCAGUGGGGGUGAGGGGAGGAAGGGGGGCAAGGGGCUGGGACAGGAGGGGCGAAGGGGGGACAAAGGAGACAUCAAGCCCGCCAUCGUGCUGCUCGAUGCGCGCAUGCAGGUACAGGGGAGUAUGGUGGGGGGGAGAGGGGGGGAGGGUGUUGCAGGGGUUGGAGACAUCAAGCCCGCCAACGUGCUGCUUAAUGCCCUCAUGCGACGGAAGGUAUCAGAAUUCGGGCUGGUGCGCGUGACAGCAACCUUUGUGUGUUUCAUCUCUCAUCCCUUCACCAGGCUAAGGUGUCAGAUUUCAGGCUGUUACGGUGUGAUGCUGCUAGAAGUGAUUACAACAAUUCCUGUCAUCCUCUCAGUGGAUGGCAACGAGUACAACAUCAAAGACUGGAUUCGCCCGUUCGUUGAGGAGAAUGACGUGGCAGCAUUUAAGGACCCCCGCCUUCCGGAAGCUUCCAGCGACCUUCUCCUCGCGCUCGCCAGAAUCGGCCUAGAGUGCACCGCCCUCCCGCCCUCCUCCCGCCCAUCAAUCUCUGACGUCGUUCGGCAACUCGAAACCCUAAAGAAGGAACACCUCAGCAGGAGCCACGUGGAGGAUGGUGGUGACGGUGAUCUUGCUGACGUGGACCAUCGUGUGGCUCAGAUCGACCAGGAGCUCGACAGGCGGGCCGAGUCGAUCCAACGGCUGGAUGGCUUGUCUGAGAUAGGAGCCUACCGCCAAGGGGGGUCUGGGGUCAUGCGCGUCGUCCCCCUAGCCCAGGCAACCCACCCUCUUCGUGUCUCCCCCUCCCCUCCUCUCCUCCCCCCCUCUCCUCCCUCCCCCCUCUAUCGCCCUGCAUCGGCUGCGUUCGUCACGAGCACAGAAGACAUCUCCAGGAAAGGAGCGGCCUGUGGGAGAAGGGAGGGAGACUGUGGGGAGGAGGCGUGUGGGAAGGAAGCAUACAGGGAGGUGAAGAUGGUGAGAAUCACAUGA